UCAACUGAGGGGAAGUGAAUGAAAUAAACAUUGAAUCUUUCAAGACGACUGUAGAGGAGAGGAAAGGAGUGGGAAACCCUUUCGGUCUCCACUGAACUGUCCGCACCACAGCUGCGCACAGAAGUGUCACCUGUGGACCUGGAUCGGGGUCCCGGGGGCUCCACGUGGUUUCUAAGACAAACAAGGAGAGCGGGUCCCGCGUGUGUGCGCGCGUGUGUGUGAUGUCAAUGGACCUGGUUGCCAAGCGCGAGACCGGGGAAGAGAGAGUGCCGUCGCAGCGCGGGAGACAGUCGGAGGACGACACGGGCUGAAGCAGUAGGACGCUACAGGAUCUGCGCGCUCAUGGCCCAGUUGGAGGUGCCGUUCCGGCCCGAUGCUCAGCUGACAGAGGUGAUGCGGCUGCGGGUGCAGUCUCUCCAGCAGCGCGGUCACAAGCGUCAGGACGGGGAGCGGCUGCUGCAGCCGCACGAGGCCGUGUAUCGACUGGACUUCUCCAAACAGUCGCUGUCUUUCUCCCACUGGAGCGUCCGGCUGGCCAGCAGGGGGCGCCUCACCAUCACCGCCACCUCGCAGCUCUGGACUCCGGACCUCACGCACCUGAUGACCCGGCAGCUGCUGGAGCCUGCCGGGGUGUUCUGGAGGGCGGCGGGCGGCGACGCGCCGGUCCAGUGCUACGAAGCCGACGCGCACGAGUUCGGCGAGCGGAUCGCCGAGCUCGCCAAAGUCCGCAAGGUGAUGUACUUCCUGUUCGCGUUUGCAGAAGGCUGCAGCCCCGAGACCGCGGACUGCGCCAUCACCUUCAGACCAGAACUCUGAGCUUCUG